AUGCCUAGACUCGACUUUGAUUCUUGCGAUCACAAAGGAAAACUGGGGACAUUCUCAAAUAAUGUUUGCGAGUCUUUGCUUUCGCACAAAGCUUUGGUUCUAGAGAGUUUGCAUAUCAGUUUUAGUACAUACAAAUGCGAUGCUACUGAAAUUGGAAUGUGGAUUGGAAUUGCAUAUGCACAACAUGUGCGUAAGUUGGUACUCGAUGUUGAAUCUAGGGGAGGAUUCGAGCUUCCUAGAAGCCUGUAUAACUGUGAAAUACUUGAAACCUUGAGACUCAAGGCCGGUUCGUUUUAUCUGAAUGAUCAAGUUUGUCUCAAGUCCCUUAAAACUCUAUACCUUCACCCUAAUUCCGUCAUAAGCGAGGCAUCGUUUGUUAACCUUUUAUCUGGUUGCCCUAAUCUUGAGAAUCUGGUGGUGCAUACUUUACCUAAAUCCCGGAGCUUGACGACUUUCACUAUUUCGGUGCCAUCCUUACUUAGACUAUCAAUUUCUAAACAGAGCAACUACAGUUGUAGCUACGUGAUAAAUGCUCCUUCUUUGAAAUAUUUGAAGAUUGAAGCGAAUCAUAAGUUCGAAUUUCGCCUGAUUGAGAGUGUGACAAACCUAGUGGAGGCACAUCUUCUCAUUGAGAACGCCUCUCCUAUGGUCAGUGAGAACCUUAUGAGUUUGCUAACUUCAGCCAAACGCCUUUCCCUGGAAUUAUUACCCAUGCAGGUAGGUUUUCAGAUUUUCUUGCAAUCAGUUGAGUUACUUGUUGUUAUUACAUUGUUUCAUGUACGUACUAACACUGCCCCUUAUGCACUAGAUUAA